GUUCUAAUCUGUGGGGUCUGGAAACAACAGCGUCGGUCGGUCGGUUCGUCGUUUUGCUCGGUUGGUUGGUCGAAUCCGAUAAUCCUGGGACCUCUAAGUGAGAUUUUUCCGGCUUCAAGGAACCAUUUCCAGUCAGUCAGUUUCGUUACUUGCAGCCGUUGAGAUCUAAUUCGGGCUUUUCGGUCGUCGGUCGUCGUCGGUUUGUUGAUGAGAUUUGGUUUCUUAUUAAGACUAGUGUUAUGAUUUAUUGGUUGGUUUUUCGAUUCGGAUGGUUUAUCGAGACCUUUCAAAAGUCUUAGUGGUGGCUCCAGAGAGUGUUCGUUUUUUGAGAAGUUCAACAAUCAUUAACUGGCAGAUGGGAAGCAGGAUGAUGAAGUGAUCAUAAAACAAUACAACAACUUCAAGUUUAUGGCUUGCUAAGUUGUAAGGAUAAGUUCCGAGGAUAAGUUGUAAGGCUACAACACAGUAGAGCGUCAGUGAGUGAGAGUAAAAGAAAACUAAGUGAGGUGCAUUUUUCACUGUCAGCUUGAUGUUAUUUUUCCAGCAUUUUUUUUUCUUAUUCCUGGGAUCGUGAAGUGAGGUUGUGAAAAUCCAAAGCCAGAGUUUAUCAAGAGAGCUUGUCUUUUUCCUUCUUUUUUCUCCGAAGAGGUGAAUUGAUAACGGUGUACCGAAUUGUUAGGAGAAAGAAAAAUAACAACAGUGCUGCUUCAGCUUUUGUAAGAAAAAAAAAAACGACGAAGGAAGAUGAUGGUAAUGUUUUAUGUUUCACUCGACAGCGACCGGGAAAAAUCGUGUUGAUGAUUAUUACUUCAUAAUGGAAAAGUGGUGCUUCUAUUGUGGGUCGUUUUUCGUGCUGCUGCUGGGGGUGUCCAACUUUUUAGGAAGAGGAGGUACCAUUUCCGGUUCCAUUGUUUCUCCCUCGGAACAAGUCUGAUCCAAACGAAUCGGACAGAAGUAGCGGAAACAGAAGGGAAAACCCGACGGAGGAUUUCACCAGUUUUGAAAAACGAUUUCCAACCCUGCAGUGAUUGUUCGCCUGGAAAAAAAUAUGAAUUAUUGGCUGAGUUUGUGAAAAUAAGCUUGAAGCAAGUGGUGAAGACAGCGAAGCAAAGAGGAAAAAAAAGUUAAACGAAAAACCUCAUCGCUCAUUUUUUCCUCUUGCAUCCAAACAUGGAUUGAUCAUCAUCGUCGUCAUCAUCUGUAGAAAACAACUUCAGUGAAAUCCGUUUGAGAGCGUGGGGAAAGUUUUACAAAAGCAUCCAAGGAAGGAAGGAAGGCAGGACCAAACUCUCGGCCUCGUCUACCGCAACGGGACGCCACAUAAAUUUCGAUUAGACAAGUUCUUCUGGGCGGCGGCGUUGCGUGCUCCACAAGACUAGGACGAAGGACGAAGGACGAAGUGUCCCCCAGGAUAUCUUGAGCGCUGAGGGACGACGACGAAGCCCUUCCUCAUCUAUUUGUCCUUACACCUCCUCUCCUGGGAAGCCGGAAAAAUGGGAAGUGAUUUACGGUGGCAAUUCCGUAAUAGACUAUAAAGCAACGGCAAUCGUUUACGAUCAAAGAGGGAAGACACAAGAGUAAAGGACAUCCGGAUCCGGAAAGAAAAAUUAAGCUUCCGGUGCGUGACUCUUCAAAAUUUUCUCACCACAUCAAACCGGAUGAUACGAUAAGACGAGUUAUAGGGGACGCGUAAGCUCAGCUGCUUUUUACAAAAAAGGAUGGUUUGUUGAACAACAAAUUUGUAAACAAACAAAAAACGAGUUCAGUCAGACGCCUCCUGAGAAAUCUACAAAAAGGGGGGUGGAAAAGCCAGUCAUUCCAAAAAGUUUGGACUCACCGGACCAAUUCGGAAGUCGAAAAAAAAACAAGGGGUAGUUGCAGAUUGCAAUCGUCUCACUCGGAAAUUCGUGAAUUUAAAGUGUGAGUGUUUUUGGUGUUAAGGAGUCUGGAAACCGGAAACCGGAAGUUUGACGCGUGGCGGCUACGAGGAAAACUUUUCCCGCAAACAUGAACACGUCACUCAAAAUUAGCUUAUCGUCGGCUUCAGAGAUGGCGCUGGCGGUGGUCGUCGCUUGUUUGCUGGCCCUGGUUGGAGACGUGUCCAGCUUUCAGCCGGAUUUUGCCGAACCGAUUAUCAACAUCUCGGUGGCCAUCGGACGGGACGCAACAUUCACCUGUCACGUGCGACAUCUCGGAGGUUAUCGGGUCGGUUGGGUGAAAGCGGAUACCAAGGCGAUCCAGGCGAUUCACGAGAAUGUUAUCACCCACAAUCCGCGGGUUUCGGUGACCCACGCGGAUCAGAACACCUGGAAUCUGCACAUCAAAUCCGUUACCGAGGAGGAUCGGGGGGGCUACAUGUGCCAGCUGAAUACCGAUCCGAUGAAGAGUCAGUCCUGUAUCUCAAUUUAUGACGGUCGCCAUUCAGGUUGA